CUCUCUCAGUGAAACUCUCGGAGGACCGUUCCCCGGCAAGUCGCACCUCCCCCCCAACGUCAUCGCGACGCGUGCACCAUGAGGAUUAUAUUGCUGGUAAUCCCGGCGUGUCUAUUCGCUCUAACGGAAGCGCGGCGAACUCCGCAGCUCCGGCCCCGCGUGGCGGAACCUCAAGUAUACUACGAGGAAGAGGACAACCAGGCAGCUGAGGACGAUUUUGUGGGCGUCUAUCAGCCGCGCACUCGAGCGCUUCCUUCGCCGCGUUCGAAGGACACGCUGCACGCAUCAAAGCCGCCACCGGUGCAGACCAUUAGAAACUAUAACAAGGUCAACGACGACGGAUCCUUCACUUUCGGCUACGAGGCAGCCGACGGUUCCUUCAAGGAGGAGACUCGCGGUACCGACUGUGUCGUGCGCGGCAAAUAUGGUUACAUCGAUCCCGACGGCAACAAGAGAGAGUUUACUUACGUAUCCGGCAACCCCUGCGACCCCAACGCGCCCAAGGACGAAGAGGAAGAGCUGCCAGAGAAAGAAGAGGAAGAGCUCUCCGGGCCGGCGAAUUAUCCCGCCGUCAGACCUGUACCACGACCCAUCCCAGUGAGGCCAACAUACCAACCAGCCACCACUCGUGCACCCACCACGAUAUUUCAAACGGAGUACCAGCUCGACGACGACGCCAGUCAAGAGCUGGAGGAAGAGCUGAAGCCGCAACUGCGACCCUCAGCGUUCAGAAGACCCACGACCUUAGUACAGGUCACACCUUCUACCGCGCUCUACGAGUCCUCGCCAUCCCCUAGCCCGUCUCUCUAUAGGUUAGCUUCCACCCCGACGGCUCAAUAUCAGACCACCGCGUCGCCCGUUCUACGUACCCAACCCACCGCCUCGACCAUCUAUCAGCCGCUCGAGACGACUACACGCCGACCGGUGACCCGACACCCCAGACCCCAGUCGGUAGCGAUAACCCCACGACCCCACGUAGCCCAAGUGGCCGCGCAAUACGUCUCCCCUAGUAGCACCGAGCACCCCGGUCUCAUCUACACCCCGAGUCGCCCUGCGGCCACAGUGUCGCCCCACCUGCGCACCACGACCGCCGCUAGCACACCCCAUCUCGACUUUGCCGCCGAGCUCGAGCGUUACGUGAACACUGUCGGCGUUCCCGCUGUCCCCAGGCCCCAGGCGCAAGCCUCGCCCCAAACCUCGAGAGUUAAGCUAACCGGUCAAACGACGGUGACCGCAGCCUCCGCAGCCGCAGACCCCAUCUACCAGUCGGAGCUUGUGUACGAUCCCGCGACCGGUCAGUACAAUACCCAGCUUUAUCAGACUCUGCCCCAAACCGUGGGUGACUUUAGCCUCAGUCACAAACUCCAACCGUUCGUAGCCCAGCCCCAGUCCCUACUUGGUCUGCAGCAGCUGCAGCAGCUUCAGCAGCAACGUCAAGGCCCAGUCUACAAGCAGGCUCAGUCGGCGCCCGCCCCUACCGUGACCCAGCCGCAGGAGGUGCUCUAUAGGAAGCAGCAGGCGCAGCUACUGCAGCAAUCCCAGCAGCUUUACGCGCAGCAGCAACGCCGCCAACAACAGCAACAGCCGCAGCAACCUCAUAGGCUUCAGCUGCUGGAAUCGCAGAGGGAACCCCAGGCGUUCUAUUACGUCGCGCCCUUGAAGGCCUCCGCCGCCGGCAGCACGUCCCUCUCAGUAGGUCAGAUCGAUCAGUUUCUCCGAGGUAGCAACGCCAAUUACUGAUACGGCCUCUAAAUCGCGGCGUUAAAACAUUUCCCGGUCUCUCGAAUCGUCCCUCGGUAUUUAUCAUUCGGUAUUGUCUCGAGCGUCUCGCGAGCCAAGCCGCCGUGGAUCUCGCGCUGAUAAACCGUGACGACGGCCCGCGCGCGUGAAAGAUGUGUUACGCGUAUAUAUAUAUAUAAAAGGAUAUAUAUAUAUAUAUAUUAUAUAUUAAAUAUCUAUACAUAUAUAUCGCGCGCGUGUAUGACGGCAAGCUGAAGCUUGGAUAUAUAAAGUAUAGGGUGAAUGGCACACACGGGCGCGCUUCGAUGCAUGCGUUGGAAUGUGCGUGUGCAUUAAAUUUGAUAUACUCCGAUUCUCGGGAAAGGCGCGAACGUAAUUACAGUGAAAAAUGUUGCAAUAGAGGCCGCGGAUUUACCGUUACUGUCGAUCGUAAGAGAUGCCGACCUUCCGAGCGGCUUACUCGAGGAGAUUUAUUGUUACAAACGGUCUUCGCGGUUUCUCCGAGCUUGUGUAACUUUCGUUUUUCAGAAACAUGACGGGUGAGGGUUCGACACUGCCUUGUUUCCAAUAGCGCUUUCGUGCUUCCGUAGUUGUACGAUAGUAUAAACAUCCGUCUUUUCUUAUCACACGUGCCUAGAAGCGUUCCUACGUCCGCUCAUCCGCUCUUCUCGGUCAAGGUGCAAACGAUAAUAUUAGCCGUCCAAUCGGGAAACCGUCCACUCUUGUCGAAGGUGAAAGCGAUUAACGCAUGUGAUAUCGGAAGGAGCCGCGCGCGCACGAUUAGGUGAACGGUAACAGCCGCGAGAAUGGCGAAUGAUGCAAAGAGCCGAUGGCACAAGACGUGAUAUGUAACAAAAUUGACCUUCAUUUUACGUUGUCAUAUUUUUCUCUCUUUUCUGCCUUCACCUCAUCAUUUUUUUCCUUUACUUUUCGCACAAAUAUCUUGGACGAUCUCGCACGUUUCGUUUUGAGCAUAAAGGUCAAAUUAAUCCAAAGGAGUUUUGACUUUCGAUAACUGACGACUUUCAUCGAAAUAACGCAUUUUACGUGGGAAAUAGUGCGACCACGUUGAUCGCGAGUUAACGCCGAGCCGGGAUCUUUCUCAUUUCUCAGGCCGAUCCCGAGAGCAUUUCUUUUCAGUCCGGUAUCAUGUAUGUUUAUGAGGCACGUUAGAGAGUGAAAGCCAACGACCUGACGUAAUACUCACGCACGCAUGUACGAUGUAUUAUCCGUGGCAAUUUCUCGCAGGCCUCCCUAACGCCGUACUAUCAUAGGUAUUCAUGGAGAUUCCGCGACACGAGCGGAACACUCGUCGCGCGAACCUUUUAAGCACGACUCUAAGCCACGUAAUAACGUUCGAGCGACUCGAUUACAAAACGUCAAUUCGACGUGGGAUCGAGUCGCAUGAGAGGCGAGUGAAACGCGAUCAGAUGCCAGGCGGAUAAUUAGUCGAAUCAAAUCUGCGCGCGAUGUUUCGAGUUGUGCACUUUCCACCGGACGUACAGAGCUCGAGGCGUCGUAUGUCGCGCUGCUGUAUCGUAAAACCUGUCGAACGCAUCACGAUGAAAUCUUACCUGACCCUGUGAACUUGAGAGUCUCGCCUCUGCGACUUUGCGCAAUAACAUGAUGUAACUGAUCACGUGUCAAGUAUACAAACAUAUUGCAUAUUGCCAGGAGUUCUUAUACACUUUCUUUAAAUUAAAGAUCGCAAUAUUCAAUAUUAAAUCUGUUGGAUUUGAUUCGUAAUUACAUGACGACAUUAAAUCUCUGUCCCAAUAUCGUGUCCCAUGAUGUCGUGAUGGAAGCAAGCCGAGACGACUGAGGAUAUCACGGUGCUCCUGAUAUUCCCGAGUGUGUCGUCGCGUGUUAAAGUUUGCAUGUUUGUAGUUUCUCGCUCUCAACUCUUCUCGAGUCUCGUGCCGCGGACGCGUGGCUGACACGUUUGAACUCGGCAAUAAUUCUAAUAUCCGAUCCGUCAGUCCGACACGUCGGUAGGAAGUGCGCUCGGCCUUUUGCAACGCGCGGAAUUUUGCAAGCGUGCCACGAGCGGGGUUCACCGCGAGCCGACCGCCAGGGAGAAACCGCAAUAUGCUCUUAUUGGUGUGGUCUGGUUCGUAGGGACAACAUUCUAUUCGCGCCGGAGCCGCCGUGGACUUUCUAUUUGCAUUCUCUGUCACAAGUGUGAGAAUCGAUCCGAGUCUAAUGCGCCCGGCGACUCGACUUCAGCUCGCGGAAAUACGUAUCAAAUGUCGGGAAACGCCGGCACGGCGUAGUGUAGCGAUGAAAUCGCUCUUAGCACGACGUCACAAUCGUAAAUUACCGUUAACCCAACUGUCUCACUCGACCCGUCACGUCACAUUUCAGCUGCGAAUCUAAUGAACUCGGAAUCGAUCCUUCCUCGACGGAAGCACAACGGAAGAUGAUUGCUUUGUUACAAUAACUCUGAGAAAAAGAAAUACUUGAAAAUUGAUUUGUGGGAUACAAAGCUUGUUUGUGCGAAUUAUAAAGUAUGUGUUUCUGUGAAAUAAAUCUUUAUCUCACAAAUGCAUUUUCAAGUAUUUAUUUUCUUAAUGUACAGAGUUUGAAGUUCAUUCACGGAAAUGAACUUACAUAUCCCGUAAAUAAAUGUCCAAGAAUUUUCCUCCAAUACAGUCAGGCACAUUGACACACUCAAUCUUCGAAUUCGACAUCCGACGAGGCAAAACGCGUUCAGGUAAACUCGGCCGAAAUUAAUCCAGAGAUUUAAUUACCCAUACUUUUUAAUCUUUCAGAUCUUUUUUAACUUACAAGUUGCUUAGCUUCGAAGUAACUUCAUGUUUCGCGCUCCCAUCGUUUUACGACUCCCGUUCCCACAAAAUAUAAUCUGUACAGUGUCUACAGAUUUUCGGACAGUUUCUCCGUCGCAGUCGACGAUUUCGUGGCUUGAUCACGACCGUAUCGUUGCUAUGACAGGCACAAAGCGCGGCGGUUGUCUACUCAUACUGUAAAUACUACCCCUUGUUAGCGUUAACGCGUAGCGGCCACUUAGCGACUUGUACGCACAAUAAUUGCGCAUAAAUCUUCGUGAGGAAGAGUCUUACGUUAAAGUUGUUUUCUUCUUUUGUAUUAUUUGUAAACAUAAUGGAGAAAGAAAAACAUCUCACUGCGAAAAUCUGCUCUGCGCCGUCACUUCAUUUUCCCAAUCUCCCCAGCAUCGUUUACUUUCGCUCGUCUCGCACGGACAGAGAUCGGAGAAUAGGCGUAUCGAACGCUCAUUUAAUAAAAUCGCGACGCCACAGUGGAUACAUUCGCAAGACGAAUGAUUGAUAUCCCGUUCCCGCGCUCAUCCGCGAAUGCGCAUCGGCGGAACAAGAUAAAGGCAUGCAUAAUAAACGUAGAAUUCAUUAUUCACGUUGUAACGGAUCUCGCGCCGCGACGGAGUGCCGCUCUCAAUGUCUCAGCGAAGAAAGCGAGGAUACGCCUAUUUACGGUCUCACCGUUAAAUUACAUUAUUUCAAUGUAAUAUGCCGAGCUGAGAAUAAAUUAUUGCGCUCGCUCGGAAUACUCCUCCGCUGGUAUGUAAGCGAGAGGUUUGUAAGUAAAUUCUCUUAUGUAUAACUCUCUUAUCUUAUGAUGAAUAGUUUAAUGAAAUAAAUACAAAUAAUUGCGUG